CGGAUGAUUUGGAGAUGCAUUUGAAAGAACUGGAAAAGUGUCCCAGAAACAACAGCUAAAGAUAUUUUGGUACACUUCUAUUUCGUAGUCGCUACAAGCUCUUUCUUUUUCUUUUAUUUUCCUUGCUUCCUCUUGAGCUCUGUUACUUUUGAUAAUGGCCUUGGACUUGUAUGCCUUAUCGAUUUCCCCCUCCAAGAUGCUGUAUCAUUUGGUUGGGGGGAGCUCUGCAUGGUAAUACACUGUGAGACAGGCCAGGCCUUCUGGAGGUGAGCCGAUGGAGAUUUAUUCCCCAGACAUGUCUGAGGUAGCCGGCGGGAGGUCCUCCAGCCCCUCCACUCAGCUGAGUGCAGACCCAUCUCUGGAUGGGCUUCCGGCCUCGGAGCACAUGCCAGACACCCACACUGAAGAUGGGAGAAGCUCUGGACUCCUGGGCCUGGCGGUGCCCUGCUGUGUCUGCCUGGAAGCUGAGCGCUUGAGAGGGUGCCUCAACUCUGAGAAGAUCUGCAUUGUUCCCAUCCUGGCUUGCCUGGUCAGCCUCUGCCUCUGCAUUGCUGGCCUAAAGUGGGUAUUUGUGGACAAGAUAUUUGAAUACGACUCUCCUACUCACCUUGACCCUGGGGGCUUAGGCCAGGACCCUGUUAUUUCUCUGGAUCCAACUGCUGUCUCAGCUGUUUUGGUGUCAUCUGAGGCAAACGCUUCACCUGUCUCUAGGGCUCUGUCUGAACCUGCGGUUCAUGUUACAGUGCAAGUUGACAAUGUUGCAGUGGCCUCUGAACCUUCAGCAGGACCAACCCGAAAGAACCGUCUGUCUGUUUUUCCUCCCUCAUACUCUACUGCACCACCCUUCCCUUCUCCAGCUCGGACCCCUGAGGUGAGAACACCCAAGUCAGCAACUCAGCCACAAACAACAGAAACUAAUCUCCAAACUGCUCCUAAACUUUCCACGUCUACAUCCACGACUGGGACCAGCCAUCUUGUAAAGUGUGCAGAGAAGGAGAAAACUUUCUGUGUGAAUGGUGGUGAGUGCUUCAUGGUGAAAGACCUGUCAAAUCCUUCGAGAUACUUGUGCAAGUGCCCAAAUGAGUUUACUGGUGAUCGUUGCCAAAACUACGUAAUGGCCAGCUUCUACAAGCAUCUUGGGAUUGAAUUUAUGGAAGCGGAGGAACUCUACCAGAAGAGAGUGUUGACAAUUACUGGCAUCUGUAUCGCCCUGCUGGUGGUCGGCAUCAUGUGUGUGGUGGCCUACUGCAAAACCAAGAAACAGCGGCAAAAGCUUCAUGAUCGGCUUCGGCAGAGCCUUAGAUCGGAACGGAACAACAUGGUGAACAUAGCCAACGGACCUCACCAUCCAAACCCGCCACCAGAGAACGUGCAGCUGGUGAAUCAAUACGUAUCUAAAAAUGUCAUCUCCAGUGAGCAUAUUGUUGAGAGAGAAGUGGAAACCUCCUUUUCCACCAGUCACUACACUUCCACAGCUCAUCACUCCACGACCGUCACCCAGACUCCUAGUCACAGCUGGAGUAACGGGCACACAGAAAGCAUCGUUUCAGAAAGCCACUCUGUAAUCAUGAUGUCAUCAGUAGAAAACAGUAGGCACAGCAGCCCAGCUGGGGGCCCACGAGGACGUCUUCAUGGCCUGGGUGGCCCUCGCGAAUGUAACAGCUUCCUCAGGCAUGCCAGAGAAACCCCCGACUCGUACCGAGACUCUCCUCAUAGCGAAAGGUAUGUAUCAGCCAUGACCACCCCGGCUCGUAUGUCACCUGUAGAUUUCCACACGCCAAGCUCCCCUAAAUCGCCCCCUUCGGAAAUGUCUCCACCCAUAUCCAGCAUGACGGUGUCCAUGCCCUCCAUGGCAGUCAGCCCCUUUGUGGAAGAAGAGAGGCCCCUGCUUCUUGUGACGCCACCAAGGCUCCGGGAGAAGAAGUAUGAUCAUCACCCCCAGCAACUCAACUCAUUUCAUCACAACCCUGCGCAUCAGAGUACCAGCCUCCCCCCUAGCCCAUUGAGGAUAGUGGAGGAUGAGGAGUAUGAGACGACCCAGGAGUAUGAGCCAGUUCAAGAGCCUGUUAAGAAACUCUCCAACAGCCGACGGGCCAAAAGAACCAAACCCAAUGGCCACAUUGCCAACAGGUUGGAAAUGGACAGCAACACAAGUUCUAUGAGCAGUAACUCAGAAAGUGAAACAGAAGAUGAAAGAGUAGGUGAAGAUACACCAUUCCUGGGCAUACAGAACCCCCUGGCAGCCAGUCUUGAGGUGGCCCCUGCCUUCCGUCUGGCUGAUAGCAGGACUAACCCAGCAGGCCGCUUCUCCACACAGGAAGAAUUACAGGCCAGGCUGUCUAGUGUAAUUGCUAACCAAGACCCUAUCGCUGUAUAAAACUUAAAUAAACACAUAGAUUCACCUGUAAAACUUUAUUUUAUAUAAUAAAGUAUUUCACCUUAAAUUAAACAAUUUAUUUUAUUUUAGCAGUUCUGCAAAUAGAAAACAGGAAAAAAACUUUUAUAAAUUAAAUAUAUGUAUGUAAAAAUGUGUUAUGUGCCAUAUGUAGCAAUUUUUUACAGUAUUUCAAAAACAAGAAAGAUAUCAAUGGUGCCUUUAUGUUAUGUUAUGUUGAGAGCAAGUUUUCUACAGUUACAGUGAUGGCUUUUUUCACAGUAUUUCAGCAAAACCUCCCAUAUAUUCAGUUUUUGCUGGCUUCUCGUGCGUUGCACUAUGAUGUUGACUGGAUGUAUGAUUUGCAAGACUAGCAGCUGUCCCUCUGUUUGCUUCCAGUAGCACCCAACCAGUACUGUCUUGAAAUGGCACAUCUGUCCAAAUACUCUUCUAUUUUGUAUGAAGUCUUUGCUUUCCGAAUAUGAAAUGAGUUCUCUCUACUCUGUCAGCCAAAGGUUUGCUUCACUGAGCUCUGAGAUAAUAGUAGACCCAACAGCAUGCUACUAUUACAUAUAGCAGGAAACUGCAUUAAGUAAUGUUAAAUAUUAGGAAGAAAGUAAUACUGUGAUUUUUAAAAACAAACUAUAUUAUUAAUCAGAAGACAGCUUGCUCUUGCUAAAAGGAGUUACCAUUGACUUUAAUUUGAACUUUUUAGUUGUUGUUCUUGAUAAAGAGUAACAGCUUCAAGUACAGCUUAGAAAGUGGGUUCUGGUUU